GCCUCCAGUUGGGGAACCCUGACAUAGAUCCCUCUUGUAAACAAAACCCAGGUUGUUGCACAGAAAGAAAAAAACAGCGAGAGAGAAAAGUGCACUAAGCCUAUUUGUUAGUGUUGUUUUGGAGAGAAGUAGUAAUGCAAUAGAUGGCACCAGAAGGAGUGAAAUGGAAGCGUCAAACAUGAUUGAAAGCUAUUGUUUAUACACACUGUCAUUUCAGUCAGAGAUGAACAGACUCAAACAGAAGAUCUCGUUCAAGUAACAGACAUUCUGUCAACGAAUCACACGUACACACACUUUGACCCACCUGCACAGGGCUUUUGGGUAAACACAAACUCCCAACAUAGACGUUUUCUCUCAGAACCCGCCACACACUCUCCUGUCUCAUGAUGAUGUGCGAAGUGAUGCCCACCAUUUCGGAGGACGGGCGCGGUGGAGGCCUCUCCUCUCCUGGGGUUGGCGCUGGGGGCCCUGGUGGUGCCAUAGGGGAAGGGGACUAUGGUGGCCGAGGAGAAUCAAGGGGUGGGGGUGAUGAAGGAGGCAGCACAGGGAACCUGGAGUCCCUGAUGGUCAACAUGCUGACCGAGAGGGAGAGGCUGCUGGAGAGCCUGAGGGAGACCCAGGACAGCCUUGGGAUGGCCCAGCUACGCCUCAGAGAGCUAGGCCAUGAGAAGGACUCCCUCUCGAGACAAUUGUCCAUCGCCCUGCCAAAGGAGUUUGCUGUGCUGACUAAGGAGCUGAAUGUUUGCCGGGAGCAGCUACUGGAGAGGGAAGAGGAGAUUUCUGAGCUCAAGGCAGAGAGAAACAACACACGUUUGUUACUAGAGCACCUGGAGUGUCUUGUGUCCCGCCACGAGCGCAGUCUGAGGAUGACGGUGGUGAAGAGACAGGCCCAGUCCCCAGCAGGGGUCUCCAGCGAAGUGGAGGUCCUCAAGGCCCUCAAGUCCCUGUUUGAACACCACAAGGCUUUGGAUGAGAAGGUUCGAGAGCGACUCCGGGUGGCCCUUGAGAGAGUGACUCUUUUGGAGGAUCAACUACAAGCAACAGCACAAGAGGUAAUCUCUUUAAGAGACCAAAUUAAAAGACGUCAAAAAGGUCUGGACGGGGGGAAAGAUCGCCUACCCAAUGGACCGUCUUCUGGAUUGGACGGGGAGAUGGACAGACAGAGAGAAACGGAGAUAGAGCGCCUAAGAGCUGAGCUCUGCCAGCUGAAAGAGAGACUGGCCCUGAUGUGUCGACAGGUUGGGGAAAUAGAGGAACAGCUUGCAGCCGCCAGGAGGGAGGUGACAAAGUCGGAGGAGGCCAAUCAGAAGCUCCAGAGGGACGUGAAGGAGGCUCUGUGCCAGAGGGAGGAUAUGGAGGAGAGGAUCACUACAUUAGAACGCAGGUACCUUAGUGCUCAGAGGGAAGCAACCUCCCUACAUGACAUCAAAGAUAAGCUGGAGAAUGAGCUGGCCAGCAAGGAGUCACUGCACAGACAGAGUGAGGAGAAGAACAGGCAGUUCCAGGAGCGUCUGGAGGACGCCAAGCAGAAGCUCCAGCAGACCCUGCAGCGGGCCGAAACACUGCCCGAGAUUGAGGCCCAGCUCGCCCAGAGAGUGGCUGCCCUCAACAAGGCAGAGGAGCGCCAUGGAAACUUUGAGGAGCGACUACGACAGAUCGAGGGACAACUUGAAGAGAAGAAUCAGGAGUUGCAGAGGGCAAGGCAGAGAGAGAAAAUGAAUGACGAACACAACAAACGCCUCUCGGAUACGGUGAACAAGCUACUGUCUGAGUCCAACGAGCGACUGCAGCUUCACCUCAAAGAGAGAAUGGCUGCCCUAGAGGAGAAGAAUGCACUGUCAGAGGAGUUAGCAAACAUGAAGAAAGUCCAAGAUGAUCUUUUAGCGAACAAGGACCAGCUCAUAGCCGAGCUGGAGAGGAUUCAGCUGGAGGUGGAUCAACUGAGGGGGAGGCCUGGCUCUUCUUAUUCCAGAUCUCUUUCAGGGAGUGCCUCAGAGCUCCGGUACCCCCAGGGUGGUGGCUCCCUCCCAGCCGGCUAUGGCAGCUCCUCCUGUGGUGUGGUGGUCCGGAGGGCACACCGUGGCCGAUGGGCUUCCCCUAGGGAUGAAAGCAACAAGUAUGGAGAGAGGGAUAGUGGCACCAUGCUGGGUCCCAGGUUUGAGGGGGGGACUGAAGGGGGCUGCUCAGACGACGAGGAGGACAGGGAGACCCUGUUUGGCUCGGAGCUGCUCUCGCCCAGUGGACAGACGGACGUGCAGACCCUCGCCAUCAUGCUGCAGGAGCAACUGGAGGCCAUCAACAAGGAGAUCAAGCUGAUCCAGGAGGAGAAGGAGAGCACUGAGCUGAGGGCGGAGGAGAUCGAGAGCCGGGUGAGCAGCGUGGCCAUGGACUCCAACCCUCUCCCCCCCUCCUCACUGGGCGGGGGCAGGGAGAGUGUGGGGAGGGGCUACAUGACCCCCUCCCUCACUUCCUCCACCUUGGCCUCCCCGUCUCCCCCUAGCUCUGGACAUUCCACCCCCCAACUGUCACAUUCCCCUGCCCGAGAGUCAGACAGACAGAACAGCAAAGAGAGCGACGACUGCCGGGCGCUAGCCCUGAUUGAAUCUACCCCUCCAGUUCCUCGCGCUCUGCAAUUAGACAGAAUGACUCACACACACCCAGGUGCGGGGCUGGAUGAUCACCGCGAAUUCUGCAGUAGUCAGGACUCUCUCCACAAAGCCAGCAAGAAGAAGAGCAUCAAGUCAUCCAUUGGACGCCUGUUUGGAAAGAAGGAGAAAGGGAGGAUUGGAGGACCUGGGAGUCAGUCUGCCUCUCUGGCCUCCACGCCCUCUGAUGACCUGGGAUCAGCCGACCCCCUGGGCCUGGCCAAGAUGGGAACUGGCACCGUGGAGAAAGAUCGCCGCAGCAGGAAGAAGCAAGACCUGCUAGAACAAGCCUGUCGUCAGGGUCUGCCCUUUGCCUCAUGGGAUGGCCCCACCGUGGUCACAUGGCUUGAGUUGUGGGUGGGCAUGCCUGCCUGGUAUGUGGCUGCGUGUCGUGCCAAUGUGAAGAGCGGUGCCAUUAUGGCCAACCUGUCAGACACAGAGAUCCAGCGGGAGAUUGGCAUCAGUAACCCCCUGCACCGCCUUAAACUACGCCUGGCCAUUCAGGAGAUGGUGUCCCUCACCAGCCCCUCGGCACCGGCCAGCACACACUCUUCGACCAGUAAUAUCUGGAUGACUCAUGCAGAAAUGGAGUCACUGACAGCUGCCAUAAAACCAGAAGUGAAGGAGUUCAGCUGGGACCAGAUCCUGGCCUACGGGGACAUGAAUCAUGAGUGGGUAGGGAAUGAGUGGUUGCCCAGCCUGGGUCUGCCCCAGUACCGUUCCUACUUCAUGGAGUCUCUGGUGGAUGCUCGCAUGCUGGACCACCUCACCAAGAAGGAGCUUAGGGGACAGCUUAAAAUGGUGGACAGCUUCCACAGGGUCAGUCUACAUUAUGGCAUCAUGUGCUUGAAGCGUUUGAACUAUGACAGGAAGGAGCUUGAAAGGAGGAGGGAUGAGAACCAACAUCAGAACCAAGAUGUGAUGGUAUGGUCCAAUGAUCGAGUGAUGUGUUGGGUCCAGGCCAUUGGGCUAAAGGAGUUUGCAGAUAAUCUCACAGAGAGUGGGGUCCAUGGGGCCCUCCUAGCCCUGGACGACACGUUUGAUUACACCGACCUAGCCCUGCUCCUCCAGAUGCCCAAUCAGAACACACAGGCGAGGCAGAUGCUGGAGAAGGAGUACAACGCUCUCAUCUCCAUGGGAACUGAGAGAAGACCAGAUGAGGAUGGCACUAAGACGUUCACUCGCUCACCCUCGUGGAGAAAGAUGUUCAGAGAGAAGGACCUCCGGGGCGUGACCUCUGAUUCCUCUGAAACGUUACCCGCCAACUUCCGUGCCUCCGCCAUCUCCACGCCCUCCGUCACCCUGAGGAAAGUCCAAAGUGAAGUGAACUCCGGUCCCAGGGGUGAGUCAGGGUCAGUGAGAACAUAUUCCUGCUAGAGAUAAGCACACCAGUACUCGCUACAUUUGGAAUGCUUAUUAGCAGGACAGGAAAAUUGUUUAAUUCACACACUUAUCAAGAGAACAUUCCUGGUCAUCCCUACUGCCUUUGAUCUGGCAGACUCACUAAACAUUCAGUUCUGUCAUCAGAACACAUUUGUCAUUUCAGUCAUCUCAGUCAUCCAAACACAUUUCAGAAAAGAGCCGACCCAUACUGAAUUGUAGUUAUUUUUUGGUUGCUUCAUUAUAUAUCAACCCGGUGUUUGUUUUAGAGUCCGAAAAAAAUCUACCCAGUUUUUAGAACAAUAAGAUGAAGAUCAUCACCAAAUGGAGAAUAGAACACAAACAACAAGAAUUCAACUGGAAUCCUUCAAGAAACAAGGACAAUGUGAGAGAAUGAAAAGAUGCUAAAAUAGAGUGAAUGUCCAUCUCUCUCUCUGUCUCUCUGUCUCUCUGUCUCUCUGUCUUUGUGUCUGUCCACAGUUGUUUGAUGCUGUAGAAAGUGACUCUAUCGCCAAUUGUUGAGUUCAUCUUCAGUUGUGAGUGUGAAAUGAUGACAUAAUGACUCUUCUUGGUUUUCUUUGAGACAUAAAACUGCAUUCCCAUUCUGAUCAACAGAAUGAUAACCCAGAUUGUUUUGAACUGUUGAGAGAACAUGCAUACCCUAUCUGUUAAAAUCUCAGAACAGGGUAUUGGGAUCGUGUUUCUCAACCUUUUUGUAACGUGGACAGGCAAGAUGUCUUAAAGGUCUUUCCUUUACUAAGGACCCACAAGCUAUGGUUCUUCUCUCUUGGGGAACCAUUUACAUUAAAAUGAGCACUUGAGAACUGACUAAAUCAGGUACAGCUAACCAUCUGAGGGACCAGUCAGCAUCAUCCAAGGAACUGGUCGGUCCAUGGACCAGAGGUUGAGGAACACUGUGUUGGGACAGAGGGAGAGGGAGGUUACGAAAUAAGUUAUAAGGGUUAGAAACAGUUAUGAAGGGAGAGUGUGUGAGGUAAUGGAAUCAUGUUCUUAAGCCGUAACAUACACCAUGAGGUGCACAAUGAGAAGGACACUGAGUGAAGUGCAUUAUGACAAAAUCCUGUUCCAACAACACAUUUGUUAAUAUGCAUGCCAAAACAAAACCAUUUUAGAGUGAGAUUAAUGAUAUCAAUCAUGUAAUGACAUGAAACCUUGGGUACGGGUAAUUUGUAAAUUGUGUGUGUUUUAUUUGUAUCAUUUUUUUAUGGUGUGUGUGUCUGAACUGUAUGUUAAUAUCAUACUUAGUUAAGACUGGCUGUAAUUUUGUUUAAAAAGUAAAUGCAUUUUAAAUUAUGGACAUUUAAGAUAUACUUGUAUAUGUACAUUUUAAAAACAAUUUAUGAUUUAAAUUAAUGAAGAGUAGUGAUGAUAAUUGAAAGUAAUAUAACAAUGAUAAUGAUUGUAAAAGCUGUAAUUAAAAAAUACCUGUAA